AUGGGAGAGGAGGAGACAAAGGAGUUUGCAAAGGCGGCAGUCGCUCCGGAAAUGAUCGACGACAAUGAGGAGGAAGAGAUCGACGACAAAGUGAUCAAGGUGAGAAUCUGAUGACGUCGCGUGCUAUUGUCCAUUCCAUUGCUCCCCAAGGAUAUCAUCAUUCACAAAAACAAUGAUCUUCAGAUAGUUGUGAUGGGCGACGGAGCAAGUGGAAAGACGUCGAUCUGCCAGAGAUUUGCGAAGGAAUCUUUCGACAAAUCCUAUCAUCAAGUACUAUUCCCUCUGAUUCCAUCUCAUUUCAUUCUAUUUCAGACUCUUGGCUUGGACUUUUUCUCGCGUAGAAUCAUGCUUCCACCGGAGUUGCAGGUGCUUGUGCAGGUGAGGCGAAACGGCAAAUUAUUGGAAAUAGACUCCACUUGAAGGUAUGGGACAUCGGGGGUCAAAGUAUUGCGGGCGAGAUGAUCGACAAGUACUUGAUGGGCGCCAACAUCGUCCUCCUCGUCUAUGACGUCACCAAUUCAAAGUCGUUUGAGAAUGCCGCCGACUGGCUUGAAGUGAUCAAGAAGAACACGAAGGGAAGCGAGAAGGUCGGUCAAUUGUUCAUUGAAGUUUCGAGGGAAUCGUCGAAUCUUGAAAUGUUUUCAGCCGGUCAAAUUAGUGUUUAUGGGCAAUAAGACGGAUCUGGAGGAGAGACGGGUGGUGUCCGUGGACGCGCACAAACAGUUCGCCAGCUCACACAACAUGAUGCCGUGCUACGUGUCCGCCAAGACCGGAGAUACUGUCUUUUUGACGUUCAGGUAUGCGAAAGGAUAAUUGGAUCGAAAUAAGAGUGAAUUUCAGACAAGCGGUGGCCGAAGUGCUCCACGUCGGAUUGACGAGGGCAGAAGUGGAGGCAGACAUUGCGAUCGUUCAGGGAGCUGUUGUGGAGGCGUCGAGGGCCAAUCCGAAGGUGAGCAUGGAAACUGAGAAGUGAAGAUUCAGUUGUAGAUGUUUUCAGGCCGCAGACUCACAGAAUACUCGUCGUUCGGAUCAGAGCAAGAGCACUUCAGUUUGCUCCAUUUCGUAA